AACUGCAGUUGCAGAAACCAAAACAGCAGGUAGAUCUGAACAAGUCAUUGAUGCAUCCUUAGUCAGUAGUUAUUCGACCAAUGUCAGAAAAAAUUCACCAUCAUGUUGCAGAACUUCUAACAGCAAUGAAAGAGCUAGAGGACAAGGAAAAAAGCCAGAACUGGAUGAAGAGCAAAUGCCAGGAAAGGCCAAUAGCAUCUCCUCUACAGCUCACCAGAUUCCAGCUGCUCCAGCACCGUCUUUACUCAUGCCACUUCCUCCUUGGAAAGCAGCAUUGGCGCCAUCACCACCACUGCCACCAGCAACCAAUACCAUAGGCGAUAUUUCGCCGCCUCUGUGUUUACCAUUCCUGAUUAUCAAUGGUAAAGAUGGUCAGGACCAUUCAUGGGGGCACAUAUCUCUUCAAGCCCUCGAUCUCAGCUGCGGAGCUUUAGAUUGUGUGGGCUGGGAUCACUUAUGCUUGUCAGAUCACAAUCUAAUUAUUAACGAUGACUCGGCUAUGGUUGUGACUUGGAUUUGGAGGUGUGUGCAGGAUGACGCCGUCCAUCCCCUUCUUCGAGACAUAGCGAUCUUACUGAUCGAUUGUGCGAACAUCACUCUCAGGUAUAAUUUCCGAGAGACGAACUCAGCAGCUGACUGGGUGGUGGCUUUUGUUGCAGAGCACUCUAAUUCAUUACUUUGGAUGAAUGUGGGCAAGAUCCAAGGGUAGUUUGUUUUAUGACUCUUCUAGAUGUAUUUAUACAUGGAUUGUAUAAAUGAUCCAUUCUAUCAAAAAAAAAAAAAAGAGAUGGUCAGGAGCCUGGAAGUACAAAGAUCAUCAACAGCACAAGGAAAUCAUUAGGUCCCCAUUGCCACAGACUGUGAGAAGUGAAAGUACCCUUUGGGGUUAGAAAAGGUCUGGGUCUCGACCAGUGGCAGUGGGAGCAAGGCAAGGAAACCACUGCCACCGGUAAGCAAUGGUACAAAGGCUUGCAGAGCAGCAGAAGGAAAAGGAGAGAGGCUGGAAUCAUAGAACAAAAAGUCAGUAACAUUUUCUGAUUUGUUUUAGUAUCAUUAGCCUUGAUGGGAUUAUACAGUUCAUGUAGGAGGGAUAUUGAUACUGUAACUAGCUCCAUUGAUUUUGUGGGUGUGGAUCCAUUUCUCUUAACCAGCAAACUAAGAUGUAGCUCUAAGACCUUGUUUCUUUUAUGUAAUGAAACUUAACAUGCAUGUGAA